ACUUUUUUAUCAAUUCUAUAUCAAUGCUCAUGAAGAAAUGAUCUGUAUCGACACUCUGCAUGUCGGUCUGAAUCGGUUUUUAUUACUCGUAGUUGGCCUGUGGCCUUAUCAACAAUCUAAAUUGAUUCGGUUUCAAGUAACUUUAUUUUUUGGUAUUUUGGCAAGUUUUAUUCUAUCUCAGUUUGCAGCAUUUCUUACUUUAAAAUGUACUCCGGAUUUACUCGUCAACGUUCUGUCUUCUGCAUUAUUUCAUACUAUGUUUGCGAUUAAAUAUAUUUCGUUUAGUAUUAAUACUAAAAUCGUAAAAUAUUUAUUGGAGCAAUUGCAGCAUAUGCAUAAUGAGUUAACUGAUAAAAAUGAAAUCAAUAUCAUAGAGAAGUACGGUAAUUAUGCGAAAAGUUACACAAUUGCAUUUUUAUUGCUUGUCGUGACCAUGGUGCUCUCUUUAACUUUAUAUUUAUUUUGGCCGCAUAUUUUCAAUAUCCUGUUCUUCACAAACGAGACUCGAUCACGUCUUUCGUUGCCGUAUAUGACCGAAUAUUUCGUCGAUCAAGAAAAAUACCUCUAUUUGAUAUUAUUCCAUGCGAACGCGGCAUUUGCCAUAGGCGCUGUCGCAAUGUUAGCGACAGGAACAAUGUUGGUAUUUUAUCAACAACAUGCAUGCGGAAUGUUUCGAAUCGCCAGAAGAAUCACUUACAGUUAUCGUAUCGAACGAGCAAUGACAUUCAGAACUUUACAAAAGAACAGUUUGGAGAAUGAGAAUUUGGUUUACAAGGGAUUAAUUUGUGCCGUGGAUAUGCAUCGCAGAGCUAUGAAGUUCUCUAACUUGACAUUAUCGAGAUUUAAAGUAAUGUUCUCCUUGUUGAUAAUAGUCGGAGUGAUUAGCGCAAGUCUCAAUUUUUUUCGGAUUUUUCAGGUGAUAUCGUUUGGAUACAAUGCUAUGGAACUUUCAUUACCCGUAAUAAUUUUAAUCAGUCAAUUGGUGUACAUGAUGAUAACCAAUUAUCUUGCACAGGAAAUUAUGGAUCACAAUAAUGAUAUAUAUAUCACCGUGUACAAGGUCCAGUGGUAUAUGGCUCCGUUACAAACGCAGAAGUUAAUUCUAUUUCUGUUGCAAAGAAGUACCAAGGCGUUCACUAUGAAUAUUGCUGGAUUGUUUGUGGGAUCAUUAGAAGGUGCAGCUACGUUGCUGAGUACCGCGCUAUCAUAUUUCACUGUCCUUCAUUCUGCGCAACAUUGACAUAAAAUUAAUUAAUUAAAUAUAUACUAUAAAGCAUGUAAUGAAAUUAAUUAUAUACGGAUAAUAGUUGCUUUCCAUUUACACUCAAUUGAUCUGAGUCACUCAGUUAUGUGAGUAUUUUAUACUCAGGUAAAAUAUGUCAUUUUGUAUGUACCUGCUUAUUUUGGUAACAAAGUCUCGAUAGUGAAUAAAAACUCAGUUGAAUCUCACUUGCCAGCAUGCAAAAAGAACGUGCAUUCAACUGAGUUAUGACGUCACAAGUGAGAAUUAUCUGAGUUUUGAUAUAAAAUAGAAAGCAACUAAUAUCGCCUAUUACCUCAAACGAAGCAGAGGUAAUAAACAAGAUGCAUAAGAUAGAUUACGGAGGAGAAUGUAAAAGUUGGAAAAAUAUGAAAACAUCUAAAAUAAGUGGCGUUUAGAGCAACACGUACUUUAAAAAGUGUAUUUAAUAAUAGUAAUAAUAAAUUACUAGCCAAUA